UUCUCAAAAUCUCAGGUUACUUCGCUAAAGAGUUCUCAGCCCUAUAGUUUCUGCCCUCGUCUCUGCCUCCAGCUCCUUAAGAGCCACCCAGCCCCAGCGAUUGGAUUGGGCAGCCCGUCUUGACACACCACUGUGCUGAGUGCUUGAGGACGUGUUUCAACAGAUGGUUGGGGUUAGUGUGUGUCAUCACACUCGAGUGGGGAUUAGGGGAGAGAGGCAGCCUCGCUGGAGCUGUGUGGUCUUCCCCAAGUGCGAGCCGCAAGCGAAAGAAGAACUACCUAGCUUGGGGGGAGAAGAGGGCGGAAUCGUUCCCAGCAGCUCAGAGGGAAAAACAAACCCCCACAGUUUGUUCAGUAAAAAAGGACUGAACUGUGGAAGAGUGGAAAAACGAUGACAAUAUUUCUUUCCUGCAUAAGAAAAAGGUUUCGCCUAUAAUAAACUCACUAAGCAAGACAUACAGACUUCUGUCCAAUGCUAUGAAAAAUAACCAGGGCACGUUAACUGCAGGAAAUCUUCAAAGCACUUAUGUCUUAUACAUAAAUAUCAACAAAGAAAUAAAUUUUAAAAUAGCAAUAUACUUCACUAUAUAAAGAAAAUAAGAAGGAUCAUUUCACCCAUCAUUUAAGUGCAGACAUUUCAGGGACAUGGGACUUUAUCGGUGCUAGCAAACUAAACAAGACUUGAGUGAGGAGUGGAAUAAUUUGUGCUGUUAAAACCCCAGAGAAAAGGGCUCCUCCUACAGAUGUGCAGAGCACGUUGUAGUCGUCAUCCCAGCAAUUCUGUGCUGCGCCCAGGUCUUGAAAACUAGAGUUCAGGAACUUCUGGAUCAGUCUUUUCAUUGAAAUUUUGGAAAUACUAUGAAGUCUUCUUGCUUUGCACUCAUUUUGGCAGUGCUCAGUACUGAGCUGUUAACAAGUCACUGUUCCACUGUCAGAUCACCAAGGUUCAGAGGACGCGUGCAGCAGGAGAGAAAAAAUAUCAGACCAAAUAUUAUACUUGUACUCACAGAUGAUCAAGAUGUGGAGCUUGGGUCCUUGCAAGUGAUGAAUAAGACCAGACGGAUUAUGGAGAAUGGAGGGGCCUCUUUUAUCAAUGCAUUUGUAACCACCCCGAUGUGCUGUCCAUCGCGUUCCUCCAUGCUGACUGGGAAGUAUGUGCAUAAUCACAACGUAUACACCAACAACGAAAACUGCUCGUCUCCCUCGUGGCAGGCUACUCACGAACCACGUACCUUUGCCGUGUAUCUGAAUAACACUGGGUACAGAACAGCUUUUUUUGGGAAAUACCUCAAUGAAUACAAUGGCAGCUACAUCCCUCCUGGGUGGAGAGAGUGGGUUGGAUUAGUGAAGAACUCCCGCUUCUAUAAUUACACCAUUUCUCGCAAUGGUAACAAAGAGAAGCAUGGAUUUGAUUAUGCAAAGGACUACUUCACAGACCUAAUCACUAAUGAGAGCAUUAAUUACUUCAGAAUGUCUAAGAGGAUCUAUCCCCAUAGGCCCAUAAUGAUGGUAAUCAGCCACGCUGCUCCCCAUGGCCCGGAGGAUUCUGCACCGCAGUUUUCCGAGCUCUAUCCCAACGCUUCACAGCAUAUCACCCCCAGCUAUAACUACGCACCAAACAUGGAUAAGCACUGGAUCAUGCAGUACACUGGGCCCAUGCUGCCUAUCCACAUGGAGUUUACAAAUGUCUUGCAACGCAAAAGACUUCAGACCCUGAUGUCAGUUGAUGAUUCUAUGGAAAGAUUAUACCAAAUGCUUGUGGAGAUGGGAGAACUGGAGAAUACCUACGUUAUUUACACUGCUGACCAUGGUUACCAUAUUGGGCAGUUUGGACUGGUCAAGGGGAAGUCAAUGCCAUAUGACUUUGAUAUUCGAGUUCCUUUCUUUAUUCGUGGUCCAAGCGUAGAGCCGGGAUCAGUCGUGCCUCAGAUAGUUCUGAAUAUUGACCUUGCUCCAACAAUUCUGGAUAUUGCAGGACUUGACACGCCUCCAGAUAUGGAUGGCAAAUCUGUCCUAAAACUUCUGGACUUAGAGAGACCAGGAAACAGGUUUCGAACAAACAAGAAGACCAAAAUUUGGCGUGACACAUUUCUGGUGGAAAGAGGCAAAUUUCUACGCAAGAAGGAGGAACCCAACAAAAACACUCAGCAGUCUAAUCAACUACCAAAAUACGAGAGGGUAAAAGAAUUAUGCCAGCAAGCAAGAUACCAAACAGCCUGUGAACAACCAGGACAGAAGUGGCAGUGCACAGAGGAUGCUUCUGGCAAGCUUCGCAUUCACAAGUGUAAGGUAUCUAGCGACAUACUCACCAUCAGGAAAAGGACACGCAGCAUACACUCCCGGGGAUACAGCGGCAAAGACAAAGACUGCAGCUGUGGAGACACUGACUACCGAAGCAGCAGGACCCAAAGGAAAAAUCAAAGACAGUUCUUGAGAAACUCUAAUGCACAAAAAUACAAACCACGAUUUGUUCACACUCGCCAAACCCGGUCCUUGUCUGUGGAAUUUGAAGGUGAAAUAUAUGACAUAAAUCUGGAAGAGGAAGAACUGCAGGUGUUAAAGACCAAAAGUAUCACCAAGCGUCACAAUGCUGAAAAUGAGGAAGAAGCAGGGGAAACUGACGGUGCUCCUGGUGACUCAAUGAUAGCUGAUGACACUGAUGCUAUAGGUCAACCUAGCUCCGUCAGAGUGACACACAAAUGUUUUAUUCUUCCAAAUGACACUAUUCACUGUGAGAGGGAACUGUACCAAUCUGCCAGAGCCUGGAAGGACCACAAGGCUUACAUUGAUAAGGAGAUCGAAGCUCUGCAAGACAAAAUUAAGAAUUUGAGGGAAGUGAGAGGACACCUGAAAAGAAGAAAACCAGAUGAAUGUGACUGUAGUAAGCAGAGCUUUUACAACAAAGAGAAAGGGGUGAAGGCCCAAGAGAAAAUCAAGAGCCACCUCCAUCCGUUCAAAGAAGCAGCACAGGAAGUAGAUGGCAAACUGCAGCUGUUCAAAGAGAAUCGUAGGAGGAAGAAGGAACGGAAGGGGAAAAAGCGCCAGAAGAAAGGAGAUGAAUGUAGUCUUCCUGGACUGACAUGUUUUACCCAUGAUAACAACCACUGGCAAACAGCCCCAUUCUGGAACUUGGGCUCCUUUUGUGCUUGCACAAGCUCAAAUAACAACACUUACUGGUGUUUGCGAACAGUUAAUGACACCCACAAUUUUCUCUUUUGUGAGUUUGCGACCGGCUUCUUGGAGUAUUUUGAUAUGAACACUGAUCCUUACCAGCUGACAAAUACAGUACAUACAGUGGAAAGAGGCAUUUUGAAUCAAUUACACAUACAGCUAAUGGAACUGCGAAGUUGUCAAGGUUACAAGCAGUGCAAUCCAAGGCCUAAGGGACUUGAAACAGAGGACAGUUAUGGGAUGGAUGGGAAGGCUAACGUGCCAGAUUUCACUGGUGACAUCAACUGGCAAGGACUGGAAGACUUGUACAGUGUGAAUGAAAGUGUAUAUGAAUACAGAUACAACUAUAGACUUAGUCUGGCUGACUGGACUAAUUACUUGAAGGAUGUAGCUAGAAUGUUUGCACUGCUGAACAGUUAUUAUGAGCAAAACAAAACGGACAAGACCAACGCUGCUCAAAACAACGGGGAUGUGGACGAAUCAUCUACACCAUUUACCUUGGCGGGAAUGACUUCGGCUGAGGAGUCAAGUGGCCUGACUGCAGAAGAGUUGCUGCUUAUUCAGCCAAUAGACUUUGCAGCCCUAGCUUUGAGCACAGCGAUUUUACAUCAAGAGAGGAAACUUGAAUUAAACAAUGCUAUUCCUGAGAAAAGUAAUUUGAAUGACGCACACUGGAGAAAUCAUCAUACAGCUGAAAAAUGGAUGGAGGAUAAAGAAUCAGACCGUUUUGAUAUGGAUUUCAGUGGAAACGGUUUGGUAGAGUUGGAGUCCAGGCAUAGCUUCAUUCUACAACCCAUCAGCAUUCUUCAGAAAGACGCCCAUCAAAACAGCAAUGCUAUGGAAGAUAUAUUUGAAGAUCAGAUGUAUCUUCCUGUGAGAUCUGAUGAACCCACUGUUCAUCAAGCUGUCAAUGUAUCCAUCAGGAAUUCAUCUAUCGGUACCCAGGAAACAGGAACUAUUUUGAAAAAAAUGAAACAGAGUCUUGCAGGGGAAAUGUCACCAAUCCCAAAUGUAGAAGGCAGUGCCUCAUCUCCACUCUCCUUGGAUUAGAUCAAGUUGUAAACCAUUAAAUAAGUUCUCCUUAUCUUUUUAUUAGCAAACUAAUAAAAGUAAUCAUGACAACUGACAUUCCACGUUUAUUGUAGAUACAUUUUGCAGCUAAACUGAGCCCAAUUCAGCAUCUAUGUGUGUGUGUUUGUGUUGAUUGUAUUCACACACACAUGCUUUCACAGCAAGUCUCCAAACUGGGAAACAAGAUUUCCAGUUUUUAAUAUACAGAAACAGUGUUAACUUCCUAAUGCAGUAGCACAUUCUCUGCAAGCUAAAAAUUAUUUCCUUGAGGAUUUUCAGGUUACUUUUCCUGUUUCCAAAUGAUCCCACCAUGAAUGAACAUUUCAGUUCACCCAGUCUGUCUGCAUAAUGUAUUUUUGAUAAAUUAUUUUAACCACUGGAAUUUCUUAAUGUCAUGCUUUUGAGCAAAAUGAUGUUGCACUUUUAAAAUCUGUAUGCCAUACCAUUUAUGAAUCUAAUACUUCACAUGUUCUUAGUUUGCUCAUUGUCUAAUGUAAUUGUGAAACCAAUAAAUAGAUUGACAGGAAAGAGGUAAUCAGCAUGGAUUGUGGAAACAGAUUGUUUGAAUAAUAUUUUAGCAAAAAUAUUGCAUGUUUUGUUACUUUGAUUUAAUUAAAUUUAUUCUCAGAAAGGUAUGGCUAAUGAUUGUUAACUCUAGGAGGAUUUGUUUAAAUUGGAUUGUUUCCCUAUAUAUUGAUAUUGUCAGUAUUAAAAAUCCAUGAGUCUUUUUUUUUUUUAAUUGAUACUGGUAGAAAGGUCUACGUCAGUACAUAUAUGUUUUUGUCACUGCAUUUGAUUUUUUUUUUAGCCUGAAUGAUAUCUUGAAAGCAUUAUUAUCAUUUUGAGACUUAAAUUCUUUUUGUUUUGUUUUGUUUUGAACAGGCAUUAAAGGGAAUGGUAAAAUCAUAUUAGAUUUACAUUAUUCUAGAUAAAACAGGCACAUGAGGUCAAAAAUAGUAGUUUAGAAAAUUUUUGUUGUAUUGUUCAAAUUUCUUUCUUUAACUUUACCAAACAUUAAAUUUUAUAAAGUAUAAUACAAAAAUGACUUUGAAAAUCUGUACUAGUAGAAACUUAAUAUCUUCCCUUGCUUUUAUUUUUUUAAUUUGUAAGUAAUUAUCACAACAACAACAAAAGAGAAUUACUUCAAACAGAUGCAAUUCCAUCAUGUCCAAUUCACAGGAAUGUUUCCUAUCUAUUACAUGUUAUUUAGUGUAGGGAGUAUUUUUUGGCUAUUGCAAGCACUGCAGGUUAAACUUACAUUCAUCGCUUUUAAUUUGAACUUAUAAAAAGGAGAUUCUUUCAGUAGGAUUUUCAUAAUUUUAAGAAGUGGUCUUUUUGAUGGACUCUGUAAAUAUGUUAAAAUUAACUAGCUGUUUAUCUGAUGUAUGUGUCAUGGGCUGAUUGAUAGAACAAACGUAUUUAUGGUCAUGAAUGAUGCUAUUUGUACAUAGAUUUCAAGUUACUAGGAUACUGUGUUUUUAAAUCUUGUAUAAUAUUUCUGUGAUACUUUUAUAGAACAAUUCUGGCUUCAGGAAAGUCUAGAAGCAAUAUUUCUUGAAAUAAAAAGUGUUUUACUUUA